AUGCGAGGGCCUUUUGGUACCUACGCCCUUGGAGCGUUCUUUGGAGGACUGCUUUUUGUGGGAGCCAAAGCGCAAAUGAAGGUUAGCAGCUUUGAUGGCCCCGUCACCAAGGAAGAGCUGAAAUCAUUCAACGACUAUGUCGUUACCCUGAAGCCUGCUACCGACAAUAAGGGGAAUCAAUGGGUGCAGGGCCAUAGCGGAGAGCAGACAAAGGCAAUGGGCCUUGUCUAUCAGAUGGCCGGACAACAAGAAACGCUAGACCAUAUGCUUCGUUUCUGCGAUGCGGUUUUGUCGGAGAGAAAUGACCUAGCAAAGGCCCCAGUUGGCCAGCACAAGAUUUGGACGGGCGGAAUCGAUCCUGUCUGGCCGAACGAUGUUACUAAGAAACCAACCCAAACUGGCGGAGGGAGAAGGCGACCCUUAUGGCGCUACCUAUAUGGAUCGAGCCGGGACCUAUCUCAAGCAGGCGGAUUUCUCGAUGAGCAACAAUAUCUUAAAACGAUUACUGGGUCUUUCGAACGGAAACAAGAUGUACUUUGCCAAGGACUCGCCUAUAUGGGCGGGAAACCAGUCCCGUGGAAUCAACAGAUGAUGUUCAACUAUGCGUUCAUGAAUCUCUGCAGCGCACAUAGGAUCCUCAACGACAACCCUGAAUUGCUCGGGAAGUACAAGUCGAUCCUUACUGCUAGCAUAGAUUGGUUCUUCCACGGAGGUGGUGUGCAGACCAAGAAGAGCAAGAAAGGCAGCACCGUCUACGACUGGUGCUAUACUGUACUAAGAACGACCGGCGAGGACUCGAAUCAUGGCGCGCUCGACGUUGCCGGGUUUUACCGUACUUACAUCGACGGCAACUAUGACAUCACGGCCGACCAGAUGAAGCCGUUCGCCAACAUGUUUGUUGAUGUCAUGACUCUAGGAAAGGAGAAAUAUGUAGGGACUGUAGACGGCAAAACCGACGGCGACGGCCAUGCCAAACCCACCAAAAAUAUUCGCAGUGGUUACCUCUUUCUAGCUGAAUUCUGGUUUGAUGCUUGUAAGAGCAUGAUGUCGGCUGAUUUAUCGGUCGGUGGUAAAGGAACUGGAAGUGCUGAUGGAUUUUCCCGUUUCCUGUGGGUGAAGAAUCAGCGUGCUAAGGCGAAGUAAAUAAACGAUAGCAAGAUCGUUUGUAGCUACUACUUAUCUUCCACAUAUUAGCGAGUGACACACUCAGUUGGAAGCAAGUUGGGUAUUAUAGUCCUAUCUACACUUCUAAAUAACAAAAGAGGAAGAAACAUUUAUUUCGGCCAAUCCCGGUUGAUAAUCUAGUUUAUUUCAUAGCAUCGUGAAUACUAGACUAUGGAGUUAAUACUGUGCUUAUAUAUAUAGGUUAUAUCUAAUAUCUAACGAGAUCAAGAUGUCUGUAUUAUAGUAAAU